GUACCUGUCGUCCGACUCUACACACCUCGCACACGAAAAGUGACACCCAGCCUGACAGAUCUCCGCUUCGUGGCUGCCAACAAAUCAACGAACGAAGCGAAAGGAGGUGGUGUUUCGGCAGAGUUGUGUGGUUCGCGUUGGAUAUUUUAUUUGCCGACCGCAAGACCAGCACAGCGAAGGUGUGCUGUGGUUGUCCAGCUAGCCUAGCUCGACAAAACACGUAACGAAAACAGUUUAUUUACCGCUGGAAAGUACAACGAAACGCAACACAGAACCGUGCAGGCGAGCCUUGUGCCGAAACCGUGUGCGUGCGCGAGUUUUUGAUUUGUGAAAAAAGCCCACCAAUUCCCAUCGACCUGCAUCGCCAUGGGAAUAAAAUUCCUGGAAAUAAUUAAACCGUUCUGCGGCAUACUGCCGGAGAUCGCGAAACCCGAACGAAAGAUCCAGUUCCGCGAGAAGGUACUAUGGACGGCGAUCACCCUGUUCAUCUUCCUGGUGUGCUGCCAGAUCCCGCUGUUCGGUAUUAUGAGCUCCGACUCGGCCGAUCCGUUCUACUGGAUACGUGUCAUUCUCGCGUCGAACCGUGGCACACUGAUGGAGCUCGGCAUUUCCCCGAUCGUGACGUCCGGUUUGAUUAUGCAGCUGCUGGCCGGUGCGAAAAUCAUCGAGGUCGGUGAUACGCCCAAGGACCGGGCCCUGUUUAACGGUGCGCAGAAGCUGUUCGGCAUGGUGAUCACCAUCGGGCAGGCGAUCGUGUACGUGAUGACGGGCAUGUACGGUGAUCCGGCCGAAAUCGGUGCGGGCGUGUGUUUGCUCAUCAUCAUCCAGCUGUUUGUGGCCGGUUUGAUUGUGCUGCUGCUCGACGAGCUGCUCCAGAAGGGAUACGGACUGGGCAGCGGCAUUUCGCUGUUCAUUGCCACGAACAUUUGCGAAACGAUCGUGUGGAAGGCGUUCUCGCCCGCCACCGUCAAUACGGGCCGUGGAACCGAGUUCGAGGGUGCCGUCAUUGCGUUGUUCCAUCUGCUGGCCACGCGCCAGGAUAAGGUGCGAGCACUGCGCGAAGCGUUCUACCGCCAGAACCUGCCGAACCUGAUGAACCUGCUCGCGACGGUGCUCGUGUUUGCGGUGGUCAUAUACUUCCAGGGCUUCCGCGUCGAUCUACCGAUCAAGUCGGCCCGGUACCGUGGCCAGUACAGUAGCUACCCGAUCAAGCUGUUCUACACGUCCAACAUUCCGAUCAUUCUGCAGUCGGCCCUCGUGUCCAAUCUGUACGUUAUCUCGCAGAUGUUGGCCGUUAAGUUCCACGGCAACUUCCUAAUCAACUUGCUCGGCGUGUGGGCCGAUGUGGGCGGCGGUGGUCCGGCUCGCUCGUACCCGAUCGGAGGGCUUUGCUACUACCUGUCGCCACCGGAAUCGCUAGGCCACAUUGUGGCCGAUCCGAUCCACGCCGUGCUGUACAUUGUGUUUAUGCUCGGAUCGUGCGCAUUCUUCUCCAAGACGUGGAUCGAUGUGUCGGGCAGCUCGGCAAAGGAUGUGGCCAAGCAGCUGAAGGAACAGCAGAUGGUGAUGCGUGGCCAUCGGGAGAACUCGAUGAUUCACGAGCUGAACCGCUACAUCCCGACGGCGGCCGCGUUCGGUGGACUGUGCAUCGGCGCUCUGUCGGUGUUGGCCGAUUUUAUGGGUGCGAUCGGUUCCGGAACCGGUAUUCUGCUGGCCGUCACCAUCAUCUACCAGUACUUCGAAAUCUUCGUCAAGGAGCAGUCCGAGAUGGGUGGUAUGGGCACGUUACUGUUUUAGAAAGGGUGCUUCCAUCCUUCCAUCCAUCCUCCUUACAUCUUCCUUACUUCCCCCGUCCCACCCUCCCCCUUUUUUUCGAUUAUGUUCCACAGUUUUCUUGUUUUUUGUUGUGACCUUACACAUCCCCCCCUCACAAAAUCCCUUCCCUCCUACCUGUUUCCUUCCACGGGACAACCAUUAAUUUAAGCUUAUAAUUCUCCUUUAGCGGUUUAGCGUUUAAGUGAGAGGCAGGUUUAACUAACAAUACUGCUCUGGCGUGGCCAAACGUGGCGUACAGUACAAGACGACACGGCCAGAGUGAGAGAAACGAGAGCGUCGACUGAGCGAGGGUGUACUAGAUUGAUAAAUGAUAAUAAGAAGAAAAAAAACAGAAGUGCGAAGAAGAAGACGAAGAAAAACGUACGUGUGCGUGUGUGAAUAUAAUGGGUUUUUUUUUUCUUCUGUGAAUCACAUUCGUUUCCCCCGCUGUGUGUGUCGGUUUUUGUGUUGGUCCAAAAACAAACGAAACAAAAAAAAAACAAAUGACACGAAAGAGCGAAACGAAAACAUACCUGAAAAGUUUAAAUAAAUCUUUCAUUCACACAAUACUCACAUGAAACGGUUAA